AAUUUUUUCAUACAGCAUGAUGUGUAGGUUUAGUAUCUUGGGUCUAAGUAUUGUUAUUUGUGUCAUUUGCUGUAGUGCUUCCUCUGAAUUGGUGUCAACACAUUUAUCAGAUAUUAUAAAAUCCUGGAAAACAGAUGAAACACCUUCAAUGCAAUGCUCACUUUUCUUUGAUAAGAUAAACUUUAUGGAGCACAUUUUACAACAGUGUCUUAUUAAAAGGAAAUUAUUAUCCACCACUCCCAACAUAAAUGUGGCAGUUGUUGCUUGUGGUGAGGAUGACAGGGUAGAAGAAACAUUGGUCAACAUCAAAACCAUUGCUUUAUUUGCGAAAAGCAAAACAAAUUUUCAUAUUUUUACCGAGCCUAACUUAUUUAAAAAGUUCCACAGAGGAAUCCAGCAAUGGCCAUCUUGCUUUCGAUCUCGUUUCACUCACAAACUUUAUCCAAUAACUUACCCUAAUGAUGGACAGAACUGGCGAAGUUUGUUCAAAAUUUGUGCUUCCCAGAGACUUUUCCUUCCUAAUAUUUUAACAAAUGUUGAUUCCUUGUUAUAUGUGGACACUGAUAUCUUGUUUCUGUCCCCAGUGGAUGAUAUAUGGGCUAAGUUUAAGAAAUUCAACUCCACUCAACUAUCGGCAAUGAGUCCUGAACAUGAGAAUCCCAGAGUUGGCUGGUACAGUAGAUUUGCAAGACAUCCAUACUAUGGUGAUACUGGAAUAAACUCUGGGGUUAUGUUGAUAAACAUGACAAGGUUACGGUCAGCGGAUUUCAAAAAUGACGUCCAAAAAUCAAAAUUGAAGUGGGAUAAUCUUUUGCUGCCAUUAUUUCGCAAAUAUUCGUCCAACCUUACAUGGGGAGAUCAAGAUAUACUGAACAUUAUAUUUCAUCAUAAUCCUGAGAUGCUUUAUGUCAUGUCUUGCUACCUAAACUACAGACCAGAUCAUUGUAUGUACAUGCAAAUGUGUGGAAGUGCAGUUGAAAAUGGUGUCAGUGUCAUGCAUGGAUGCAGGCGGUCAUUUCAUAAUGAUAAGUGGCCCUCAUUCAAGGCUGUGUAUAAGGCAUUUAAAGAUUAUAGUUUCUACAAUCCACUGUCCUCAUUAUUACAGGAAAUUAAAAAGAAUCUGGACAAGUCACCUCACAGCCAGUGUAAGUUAUCCUCAGAAGUUGUAAUCAUGGGAUUGCAAAAAACUAUUGAAGGAAUCAUAUAAUUGCCGCUCUGUCUUAAUUGGUUGGUGCAAUUCAAUUAGUCAAUAUGGUGGCCCAUGUAUCCAAGUAGAUGGCAUGGAUAGAAAUAGGCAUGUAUUGAUUUUAGAGUGUAUGGUAUGACUGUGUAGUGUAGGUGUUAGACAAUUAAGGUAUAACCAGGGCUGGAUUUCCAAGAAGAGAGCUUCAAGAACAUUAAGUAAAUUUUGACAUAAUCCAGCCCUGGAAACUUUGCAUAUACUGGUUAAAGCAAUUGAGGUAUUUGUUUGUGCUAUUUGCCAAGAAUAACUACUGUAUUUUUAUUAAUCAAUCAUUUCUAUGUUACUGUUUGUAUUUUAUAAAUCACUUCUUUUAUGUAUAUUCUAAAUCUUGCAUAUUCCUGUCAAUCUAACACAACUUGAAUCAUUUCAAGCCAUGUUUUAGUAUGAUAUCAUAAUAUGCUUCCUCUUUUAUAGUGUGGGUGUUGGGAGGUGUUUUAUUGAAAGCUUUAUGUCUGUAUAAUUAUAUUGCAUUCUAAAUCUAUCGUAUAGUAGAAAUAUUAAAGACAUUGGUGCACAUAAUUAAAUUUCAACAAUGAAUUCUGCGUUUCUUAAAUUUACUGUCAUAACAAGAGUGUAAAUCUUAUCUUUAAGUAAUUAAUAUGUUGAUGGUAC